UUAUUCGAUGAAAUCGAGCUCGCAAACCUAUGUGUGGCGGAAUGCAGUACUAAAAACGUGAACCACAGUUUCCAAGUGAUAACACCGAAUCGAUCUUUAGUACUUAUGGCGGAAACACGACCAGAAAUGGAGGACUGGCUGUCCGCCUUGAAAGCCGCCUCCAAUCGCCUCUACUAUGAACAAGGAGUCCACGAUUUUUUAUCAGGAGAUCACCACUGGUAUGCGACGUCUCACGCUCGUCCGACUUACUGCAACGUGUGCCGCGACGCUCUCUCGGGCGUCACGUCGCACGGUCUCUCCUGCGAGGUCUGCAAAUGCAAAGUGCACAAGAGGUGCGCCGCCAAGGCGGUCAGCAACUGCAAAUGGACCACGCUCGCCAGCGUCGGGAAGGACAUUAUAGAGGACAAGGAUGGGAACAUUACGAUGCCCCAUCAAUGGAUGGAAGGAAAUCUUCCGGUUUCGGCCAAAUGUGCAGUCUGUGAUAAAACUUGCGGAUCAGUAUUAAGAUUACAGGAUUGGCGAUGCCUCUGGUGUCGUGCGACAGUUCAUACGGCUUGCAGACCCGCUCACAAAGUAAAGUGCCCCCUCGGCCCGAGUAAAGUGAGCGUCGUGCCGCCCACCGCUCUGCAUUCUGUGGGCUCCGAGGAGACAUGGGAGGCGACCAGACCGCAGGGUUGCUCGCCCCUAUUGGUUUUCGUCAAUUCCAAGUCGGGUGAUAACCAAGGUGUGAAGUUCUUGAGGCGUUUUAAGCAACUUCUGAAUCCUGCACAAGUAUUCGACCUGAUCGGUUCAGGUCCUGGUGUAGGUUUAAAUUUAUUUAGAAACUUUGACCAUUUUCGGAUACUGAUCUGCAGCGGUGAUGGAUCAGUAGGAUGGGUGCUUUCGGAGAUCGAUCGAUUAGAUCUUCUGAAACAAUGUCAAGUAGCAGUUCUGCCUCUGGGCACCGGCAACGAUCUUGCUCGUGUUCUGGGAUGGGGCGCCUCAUGUGAUGACGACGCACAUCUACCUCAAUUAUUAGAACGUUAUGAAAAAGCUGGGACAAAAAUGUUGGACAGGUGGAGCAUCAUGACAUUCGAACGUGACAUAGCUUUUCCCAAAAUACCAAAUGGUGACACAGUACCUUCUUCGAGUUGCGACACAACAGCAGACACGCCUUUGUCACCAGCUCUGGAGCAGUGCGAGGCUUGCGCCUUGUGGCACUUGCAAACCAUUCUGCAGGCUGAUGAUAGUGCAGCAAUUCAUGCUUCGGCCGAAUUGCUCCAAAGAACUGUCCAGGAAAUGUUGACGCGUGUCAGGGAAAUAAAUGCUGCGGAAGAAGAUGCUACGGAGAAGGAGCAGCUUGAAGUUAAGGCUGAUUUACUUAAAACGAAACUGGAUAUGCUGAUCGAGACUUUAAAUAAUGAAGAGGUUGGUUCUGUGAGUCUUUCAAAUACCACAAGAGGCGGUUCCGGAGAUGUUGAAAAAGGCGCCAUGGAUAAAAAAGAAAAAGAACACCUUAAUCUAACAGAGAGACGAGCUCGUUCCGAUAGUUUUAUAGAACGCGAAGCACUACAUUGCCGUGCAGAUAGUCUAAAACGAGCAAUGAGAAAUGUUAUGCAACACACGGAAAUUGAAACAUAUAGAAGUAGAUCGACUCAGCAAAAUUCAACAAAGACUACUAAAACAACAGACAGACACCGAACGACCGCGCGACCUCGACCAGGUUCAAUAACGCCGACAACCCUCGCCUCCAACCUCCUGUCGGCCGAUGUAGUACCUGCGCCCGGAGAACGUUUGACUUCCAUAUCCCCGCUGCCGGAUCAGCGCCGGGAUUCGAAUAUAUCGACCGGAUUCGAUCACCUCGUAGCCACAUUACCUGUGCCACAGGAAUUUGCGGACAGUAGACGGUCGUCAUACCAACAAAGCAUUCAAGAAAUGGAAGAAGCAGCCGCAGAACUCGUAAAAUUAUUUCCGUUAUGCUCAGCAACGCACCGCACAGAACAAACUACUACCAAUGAAAGUGAAUCCACGACUAUGACAGGCGAUUUGCCUUACGAUGAAAUGUCAUUUAAUUCCAAUACUCCCUCAAGUAUGCCCUCUCAGGAAAAAGAUGAUUCUAUAGCUACAGUUUGUACCUCAAAUAAACGCAAACUAGAACCUCCCCGAAUUACCGUAGAUGAUGCUAGUAAUUAUGAGAGCAAUGUUCUGGAAUCAGAAGCCAUGAUGAUAAUCGAUACUGAUUUGAUUAACAGGAGAGAUUCUACAGCCAGCGAUGUAUUAUCUGCUAUGAGCAAUGAAGAAUGCAGUGUGGGAUCCGAUAUUUUAGAUAAAGCUUAUACAGCUCCUCAAAAUUCGGACGGAGAAGAUGCCAAUGGCCACAUAGGGCAUAUCGAUAGUCCAGAAACAUCAGAUACGACUUGUCAAAAUUCUGAAGCUCUGCAUGGUGAAUCUAUAGUGGAUGAUAUAAGCUCGGUGUUAGGACAAGAUUUAGUAGCUGCGAUUACUGCUGACCAAACGAUGACGGAAGAUUCGACAGUCUUCCGAAAAGAUUGCAGGGCGAAUGGAAAAGUACAAGCUUCUGGAAUUGAUAACCGAAGUGAUGAACAGAAAAUCAAAUACUGUAGUUUGGCACAAUUUGAAGAAGGAAACGAUAUUGCAAGAAGAUCUUUUAAACGUCCUUCUUGUGAUAAUACUAAAAUAGUUAAAGUAAUGGAUGAAAAGGAUAUUUUAAAUGAGGAAUUAGAAGAAAUAGCGUCAUUAAAGCAAAGAAUUCAAGGAUCCAAAUCGGCAAAGCAAACUUAUCCUAGUGUCGUAGUUGAACCUCCUUCACCAAUAAUAAAAUCAGAUAUGCGAAUCGCUAGAGCGAGAAAAUCAAUAGGUUUUGAAGGAUGUGCGGAGAGCAGAAUGGAGAGUUUAGGUGUUAGAAAUGAUACACAACGUCAAAGAAGUAAUUCGGAUUAUAACCCUAAUUUGCUAAGACCAGAUGCCGAGCACAUGAAAUUUUUGGGUUGUUCACCUGCGGCCACUAGAAGAAUAUCAAGCGGAAGUUUAUUCAAGGGCAAUGAAGCAGCAGUGUUGGCAGCUUCAGUAACGAGUUUAUAUGCUGGGUCAUCUCUAGGGCUAGGUCUUGGAAUACCACAAUGUCAUAAAGAUGACAAAGAUGAACCAAAUAGACGUCUUCCUAUUAUAAAUCCAUUAGUUCAGUUACCUACAUGGCCUCAUGUUAGCAGUGGUAGCGGUUUCAUAUCAAAAUGUCUUCUAGCUAACGCAGAUGCACUUUGUGCAGCGGUUAGUCCGCUCAUGGAUCCUGAUGAGACUUUGCUUGAAGGAUUUUAUGAAAGAUGUGUGAUGAACAACUACUUCGGAAUCGGUAUCGAUGCUAAAAUAUCACUGGAUUUUCAUCAUAAACGUGAAGAACAUCCUGAAAAAUGCAGGUCUCGAGCAAAAAAUUAUAUGUGGUACGGAGUACUGGGCAGCAAAGAAUGGCUGCAGAAAACUUACAAGAAUUUAGAACAGCGGGUCCAAUUGGAAUGCGAUGGUCAAAGAAUACCUUUACCUAGCUUACAAGGAAUUGUUAUUUUAAAUAUUUCUAGUUUUAUGGGUGGUACAAAUUUCUGGGGUGGUAAGAAGGAAGACGAUUGUUUUCUUGCGCCGAGUUUUGACGAUAAAAUUUUGGAAGUAGUGGCAGUUUUUGGAUCAGUACAGAUGGCCGCUUCUAGACUCAUUAAUCUUCAACAUCAUCGCAUCGCACAAUGUCAAACAGUACAAAUUUCAAUUUUAGGUGACGAAGGGGUUCCGAUUCAAGUGGAUGGUGAAGCCUGGAUACAACCUCCUGGUAUAAUUCGGAUAAUACACAAAAAUCGUAUGCAAAUGCUUUGUCGGAACAGAGCUCUUGAGACUUCGUUACGCACUUGGGAAGAAAAACAACGGAGAAAUUCAGUUUCACCUGCAGGAGAUCGCUCUAGAGACCACGGACCAUCCUCAACUACAUCUCAAGAUGAUGAUAGAUCUUUCUCAUCUGUUCUUAUGUCGGAUAAAGAGAUGACUUUAUUAUUGAACUUCAUAGAAGUAGUGAGCACACUUGUAAAAUGGGUUAAAUUACUUAUCAUUAGCCAUCCAUCUCUUGAAGCAGAUUUAUAUUCAAUAGCGACUCGUUGUGGUACUUGUUUAGAAAAUCUGCAUCCUAACGGCAAAAUAUUAGAAGGAUUAGAACUGCGAAUGCAAUUAACUGAUCUGGUAUCAGCUGCUCGACAACUUUAUGAAGAAACGUGUAUUUUAUUGAGAGAUAAGGCGCAUCAUUUAAAACUUCGAGAAGAUUUGGAAUCAAAAUUGAGUGCAGCUUUAGCCAAUAUGGAUUCAGAACUUAGGAAAUGCACAAAAACUGAAUCACCCGACGGUCCUGUUUUACAAUUUUUUUAUUUUUUCUUUUACCAGACUGAAAGAAAAAAUCAGCGUAAGGGUCUCUUCUGGAUGAAAUUCCGGUCUCCAGCUACUGGUGUCGGUGCUUCAACAUCGAGUUCUUCCACAACUUCUGUUUCCAAUUGGAGUGUCCAAGAAGUGGCUGCUUGGCUGGAGGCGAUGCAAAUGCACGAAUACGUCGAAAAUUUUGUAAAACACGAUGUCAGGGGUAGAGAACUGUUGACAUUGGCCAGGCGUGAUCUCAAAGAUUUGGGCAUCACUAAAGUGGGACACGUUAAGAGACUUCUGCAAGCUGUGAAGGAAUUAUCAAGUUAA